UGUUGCUCUUUUUCUGGUUCCAGCGGUCGUCCCUUCGCCUUUCCGCCCGCACGCGUCCAGACGGCCCCGCCGUGCCUCCCUCCCCUGUCAAAAUCGGUCCCAUCUUCCUCCCAAAUCCAUCCUUGCGUCCAUUGCUGCUUUGCUGCUGUAUUUUAGAGCUUUGCUGCUUCUCUCCGUGGCUGCGUUCAUGCUUGCUUCUGCUCUCUGCUUGCCCUUCAAAGGGAGGAGUGAAAUUGGAAAAGAGGGUAAGAACAAGAGAAGAUCGCAACUAUGAAGGAGAAGAAAGAAGGGAAGAAGUAGCCGUAGAAAGAAGAAGAAGAAGAAGAAGAAGAAGAAGAAGAAGAAGAAGAAGGAGGAGGAGGAAUCGUUGCCUGUAUUACUCCUGUGUCAUUUUUUAUCCAUGGCAGGUCUCACGGUAAAGGUCCUUUAUUGUAGGCAAAGAUCUAUUCUGGUUCAUACUCACUAGGAUAAUAGCUACUCUGUCAUCUUCUGCCCAGGUAUUAGGAUAGGAUUCAGCCAGAAACUAGAUGGACUAUAUGGCAACAUAUAGAGAAAAAAGGAAGCUCCGAAAGUCUAUUCUUGAUAGUCGGAGAAAAACGGUGGGAUUUUCUGCUACGAGAGAUUUAAACUGCGGUGAUGAGUCUUUGCUUCUAACUUAUGAAAUGUCGAAUACAUUGGGAAGAAAAAGAAAACGCAGUUCCAAAGUUGGCGAACUACCAACUAAUAACGUUGCGCCACAACAUGCUCUUGCUGGUAGACCAUCUCGAUUUGCAACUCAUAGAGGGUAUGGUGUAGAACAAUUAUAUCUUGGAUUGCCAGAGUAUGAAUGUCAAUCAUGUGGAGCUCUACUUUGGUAUGACGAACGGAUCAAAUCUCGCAAGGGAAGUACUCCUCGAUUUUCAUUGUGUUGUGGGGAUGGUAAGGUUUCUCUACCAUUAUUGCACCAGACUCCUAACAUAUUAGACCACUUAUUGGACUACAGUCGUUGCGCCAGGUCUACAACUUUUCGAGAAAAUAUUCGUAUCUAUAAUUCUAUGUUUGCAUUUACAUCAAUAGGAGCAAAAAUUGACAGUGAAAUUAACAAAAAAUCAGGCCCUUAUGUAUUCAGAAUUAGUGGACAAAACCACCACAGAAUGGGAUCUUUGCUUCCAAUUGAUGGAGAACGCCCUAAAUUUGCUCAACUAUAUAUUUAUGAUACCGAAAAUGAAGUCGACAAUAGAAUGAAAGCAUUCAACCCCGUUGAUAAACUUCAGAAAAUUGAUAGAAACAUUGUUGAAGAUCUUAUGAAAAUGUUUGAUCGCGAAAAUGAGAUAGUAAAAGCAUUCAGAAUGGCAAGAGAUCGUUUCAAAGAGAGUGAUUACCGUCCUAUUAGGUUAAGAUUAAAUGGUUGCCGUACUGAGACACCGCAGUCUAAUCCUUCUAUAUGUUCUGAGAUUGCUGGAUUAAUAAUUGGUGAUUUCGGAAGCGUUGAUGGCCAGCGAGAUAUUGUUGUCGAGCAUAAAAUAGCAGGACUAAAACGAAUAAGUGAUUUGCAUCCUUCUUUCACGGCAAUGCAAUAUCCUAUCCUAUUUCCAUAUGGGGAGGAUGGUUUUAGAAUAGGCAUGACAUAUAGCAAUACUUCACGUGGGAAAGUAGGCUCUAGAAAAUGUGUUACGAUGCGAGAAUUUUAUGCCUAUAGAAUACAAAAUAGAUUGAUUGAGGGAAAAACGCUAAUAAGAGGAGGUAAACUUUUCCAACAGUAUGUGGUUGAUGCUUUCUCAUGCAUUGAAGAAAAUCGUCUUGAUUAUAUUAGGAGAAACCAAGCGGAUUUGCGAACAGAGGUUUAUAGAGGAAUGAAGGAUGCUGUUGUUGCAGGUGAUGUUGAUGGUAAUGCCAUUGGUAAAAAAAUAAUUUUACCUUCAAGCUUCAUUGCGGGUCCCCGUUAUAUGAUUCAAAAUUAUCUAGAUGCUAUUGCUAUAUGCAGCCAGUUUGGACAUCCUGAUUUGUUCAUUACAUUUACCUGCAAUACACAAUGGCUAGAAAUACAGAAUGCAUUACAAUUUAUUCCUGGCCAAAAAUCAGAAGAUCGGCCUGAUAUUAUUAGCAGGGUUUUUAAAAUGAAAGUUGAGGCAUUGAUGUCAGAUAUUAAGAAAGAAAACUAUUUUGGGAGAACUAUUGCUGAUUUGUAUACAAUUGAGUUCCAAAAAAGGGGGCUUCCUCAUGUGCAUAUCUUAGUAUGGCUGCAUCCAGAUCACAAAUUGCCAACAACUGCAGAUAUAGAUUCUAUUAUUUCUGCUGAAAUACCUGAUAAAGAUCUUGAUCCAAUUGGAUAUGCCACAGUUUCAAAAUUUAUGAUACAUGGCCCAUGUGGAUCGACAAAUCCUAAAGUAUCAUGUAUGGCUAAAGGUCGAUGCUCAAAAUAUUUUCCUAGGGAAUUCAGAAGUGAGACAAUUGUGGAUGAAAACGGCUUUGCUCUUUAUAGAAGAAGAAAUGACGAGAGAUUUGUUCGGAAAAACGAUAUCGACCUUGAUAAUAGAUUUGUUGUGCCGCAUAACUUGCAAUUAGUGGUUAAAUAUCAGGCUCAUAUUAAUGUCGAGUGGUGCAACAAGUCAAGACUUAUUAAAUAUUUGUUCAAGUUUAUGAAUAAAGGCCUAGAUAGAACAAGAGCUAUAAUUGAAGAUAGCUAUUUGGCUCACAACAGUAGUUUUGACGAACAAUACAAGCAUGUUGAUGAGAUUAAAAGGUACUUGGACUGUAGGUAUUUAUCACCAUAUGAAGCUGUGUGGAGAUUAUUCAAAUUUGAUAUACACUGUAGAGAACCUACGGUUGAACGCUUAUGUGUUCACUUGCCACUAAUGAAUAACAUAACAUAUCUCGGGAAUCAGAGUUUACUUGAUGUUCUAAAUCGGCCGAACAUCGAGAAAACAAUGUUUACUGAGUGGAUGCAGGCGAACACAACAUAUGAUGAUGCCCGUGAGCUGACUUAUGCAGAAUUUCCAACCAAAUGGGUCUGGCAUUCGGGAGACAAAGUAUGGACGAGGCGUAAGCAAGGAAAUCGUAUAGGGAGAAUCAUUUAUAUCUGUCCAAAUGCUGGCGAACUUUACUUUCUACGUAUGCUCUUGAACAAGGUAAAAGGCCCGAGAAACUAUACCGAAAUUAGAACUAUCGAUGGCAUUGUGCAUGAAACAUUUCGAGCUGCAUGUAAUGCGCUUGGGUUGCUUGGCGAUGACAUGGAAUGGCGUCAAGCAUUGGAAGAAGCAUCUCACUGGUCGUCUGCUGCUGAUCUUAGACAACUUUUUGUUACUUUGGUCAUGUUUUGUGAGGUUGCUGACCCUGUUAAAUUAUGGGAUGAUUAUUGGGAAUUAUUAGUUGGUGAUUUAUUAUAUAGAUUAAAGCAAACUCUAGGAGUUUGUGAUCUUCGGAUGCCUGAAGUAGAGCUCCAAAACUAUGUUCUAUUUGAAUUGGAAGUGUUGUUCAACAAAAAUUGCAGCUCACUUUCACAAUUUAAGCUACCAACUCCUAAUAGAAUGAUUUUAGAAGAUAUGAGCAACAAACUGUUGAGGGAAGAAUUAGAAUACGACGUAGAUGCUUUAAAAGAGGAACAUGUGUUGUUAUUUAAAGGAUUGAAUGAUGAGCAGAAGACUGUAUAUCACACAGUUUUGACUUCUAUCUACGAGGAUAAAGGAGAUAUCAUUUUUGUAUAUGGCCAUGGUGGAACAGGAAAAACCUACCUUUGUCAGACAAUAAUUUCAAAACUCCGUUCUGAAGGAAAAAUAGUAUUGGCGGUUGCUUCGUCUGGAAUUGCAUCACUCUUACUUCCUGGAGGAUGAACAGCGCAUUCAAGAUUCAAGAUACCUAUAAAGAUAGAUGACUUUUCAACAUGUGAAAUUAAAAAAGGAACACAGCUUGCAAAACUGCUGUAUCACACUAGUUUGAUUAUAUGGGAUGAGGCACCAAUGAACCAUAGGAAUUGUUUCGAAGCUUUAGAUAAAUCAUUGAGAGAUAUCUUGAAAGUAAAUGAUGAUAGUGUUGAGGAAAGGCUCUUUGGAGGAAAAACUAUUGUAUUCGGUGGAGAUUUUAGGCAAGUACUUCCUGUUAUUGUUGGAGGAACAAGACAAGACAUAAUUAAUGCAUUAAUCACCAAGUCAUACAUAUGGAAUAAUUGUAGAGUCUUCCGAUUGUCAACAAACAUGAGAUUGCUUAGAUGUCCGGUGAAUGAUUCAUCAAAAGAAAAGAUGGCAAAUUUUGCAAAAUGGAUACUCGAUUUAGGUGAUGGAAAAUUAGAUGCUAUGAAAUUAGAAACUGAUGAAGAGCCUACUUGGAUCAAAAUACCAGAUGCCUUACUUAUGAAGAGUAGUAGCGAUGGUAUUAAAGAUAUUGUUUCGGUGGUGUAUGAUAACAUUCAUCAGAACUACAAUGAUCCCGCAUAUUUAAGAGAUAGAGCUAUUAUCACACCAAUGAACGAAACAGUUAAUGAAAUAAACACAUACAUCUUAUCUUUGCUCCCGAACGAGGAAAAAGUAUACAUGAGUUCAGACUCAAUUUGUAGGUCAUCAACAAAUGACGAAGAAGGCGAUGUUCUCUACCCUGUUGAUUUUUUAAACUCUUUAAGGUUCAACGGUAUACCUCAUCAUGAACUAAAAUUGAAAAUAGGCGCUCAGAUAAUGUUGCUACGCAAUAUUAGCCAAAGUUCAGGCCUUUGCAAUGGGACUCGCUUAAUUGUUACUAAAUUGGCUUCAAGAGUUAUUGAGGCACAAAUCUUUACUGGAAACCAUGAAGGUGAAAAGGUUUAUAUUCCUCGCAUUGUGAUGCAUGUGACGGAAACAAAGUGGCCUUUUACUCUGAAAAGAAGACAAUUUCCAAUUCGUCUAUGUUAUGCUAUGACAAUUAAUAAAAGCCAAGGGCAGACUCUACAAAAGGUUGGCAUCUACCUGCCAAGACCGGUAUUCUCCCAUGGUCAACUUUAUGUCGGAGUUUCACGAGUUACCUCUCAUGAGGGAUUGCGAAUUCUAAUUGAAAAUGAAGAAGGUCAUUUAGAAGGAUAUACACGAAAUAUUGUUUACACAGAAAUUUUUGAUGAUUUGCAACAAUAAAAACCCUUCUCUUGUUCGUUCUCUGACUAACUGCAUUUUGUUGUGAACGGCAAAAGAUCGAGUUUGUGCUUUUGGAUCAGCUUAAUCUACAGCAUAGUAAGAUCAAAACCAGACUUGCUAGGUUAUGGGAAUCGACAGUACCACAAUUGAAAAAUCAGAUUUGAAGUUUGGAAUGCCUUUAGAUGGAUGAAAAGGGAUAUUCCAUGCAGGAAACUAUUCGGAAGCACAAUGCAGAACACUUCGAGUCAUUACUUUCUGAAGGCAUUGUAUAUAUUGUUAAGAACUUUCAAUGUCAUACCACGUAGAGUGUAUGAAAUAUACCUGUGAAGCUAAAUUGGUAGAACGUAUCGUUGGUGGUAUAAGGCCUGUCAUGAUUGCAGGGGAGUAAAAGAUUAUGGCGGCACUUUUGGUUUGGGCAAUGUGUCCCCUAUGCCACGGUAUAUUUCCACCCAAAAACAUAUCAUUCUCCGUUUCUGAUUUAAUUACAUGAAAACACAAUGGUUAAGUUGUGUUUUUGUACAUAAAUUAAUUUUGAAAUAUGUUCUAAAAAAGGUUCUAGUUAAAUGCCAUUGUUAAAGAUAAAACUGGCACGACAAACUUCCUAAUUUUCAGCAAAUUAGCAGAAGAUUUGGUACGAGCCCCUGACCAACAGCUUGCUACUACAGCCGAUUAAGAUAGAUUUGUUCUUCCCUAUGUUAUUAGAAAUAUUCUUUCUCGGACUUAUAUUUUCUAGGUUUUGAUUGACUCACACAGUUUUAAUAAUAUGAGCAUGCGGUCAUUUAGAUUUGCAGAAAAAUUUCAAUCUAAUUUGGUUGUGAAAGUCAAAACUGAACAAAAGGAAGAGCAUGAAGCAAACAUUAGAGAAGCCAGUGCAUUAACAAGUCUUAAAGAAUCGCAGAAUGGUAUAUAUAGUCGACAGAACAUCUCUAAAUGCAGUAAUUCAAUUAAGGUAAGAUAGUUUUUCUAAUAUAUUUUGUGUUUGCAUAGUAUCCUCCAUGUUCCUGUUUGUGAGACCUUGAUGAACUUACAUUGUUCUAUAUGUAAAAUUUCAUACAUUUAUCUCCACGGGAAGUUCUUGGUCUACCCCAGAGAUGCUUACGAAGAGAUCAAGCAGAAGGAAACGAGUGCUCAUGUGAGUAUUAUAUUGAAAUAUUGUUACAAAACCAAAUCAAUGAUGAGUUCAUAUUUCAUUUGGAAAAAGAGAGAAAUUUCUUACGUGCGUACAUUAAUUUGUAGUUGCAUUGAGACUUAGGAAUCAGGCAAAGUAGGAAAAUGAAGAUGACCAAAGUAAAUAUACCUGCCACAAGUUAUAUUUUGCCUACAAUAGCACUUAGUUGUAUAACUGUUAGAUAUGUCUCGAAUUCUGAAACUGCAAGGUGUUUUAACCCUAUUCUGUUUUGGUUUUUUUUCAUUAAGUUUAGAUUAUGUCUAAUCUUAUUGAAAUUAUUUCUAAUUUUUGUGAAGCUGUAUUCCUAUUUAUAUUAGAAUUUAGCCACUAUUAUAAAUAUAUAUUUUAUUCCAUUAAUUUGGCGCGACAGAUGAGUAGAAGUAUGGUUAUAUUUUUGGGAUUGGGGUUUUGUGAGAGAGGUAUAUUUUGUACAACACUUUAAUUAUAAUGAAGAUCUCUAUUGCGUUUU